UACUUGUGCUGUUUUAGAUUUGUCUCUCAGAUGGAACUCCACCUGCUGUGAGUUGGUACAUUUUGUACACUUUAGCAUAUUUGCAUUGGUGUGUGAAGAUUUGGGGAUCAAUGCACAACAACAGCAAUAUGAGAUACAAGAACGCAACUCCUCCUUGGAUGUGAGGGGGUGUGAGGAGGAGUAUAUAAGAGCAAGCUCGCCAGCUCACUUCAUCAGUAUCGAGGAUAUCGGUCAUCAUCAUGUUUUCAUUUUUUGUGACAGUUCUUGUGCUCAUUCAAGUCAUUGCUACUUCUGGUGGUCAAAGUGUGUCAGAUGUGAGAAAUCAGCAGACAUGUGUGUCUGCUGGUAUUCCAGGAAUACCUGGAUCACCCGGACGAGAUGGAAUGAAAGAGAAAGAGGAAUAAAAGGUGAGAACGGAUUGAUUGGAGAUGCUGUUGCACAAGGAAUAAAAGGAGAAGAAGGAAUCAAAGGAGAGAAAGGAAUAAAGGGAGAGAGAGGAUUAGUUGGAGAUGUUGGUGGUAAAGGUAAUGCUGGAAAGAUAGGUCCACAAGGCCCACAAGGUCCACGAGGGAUAAAAGGAGAAACAGGAAGGAAAGGAGAGAAAGGAGAAGCUAUGACACUCAACUGGAAACAGUGUGUGUGGAAUAGACAGGAUGAGAAGGACAGCGGUCUGAUUCAGAACUGUAAUUUUAGGAAACGUGACAGCAGUUCAGCUCUACAUGUUGCAUAUGCAGGAAAUCUCAGGGUUCACUGCUCCAGUGGUGGUUGCUGUUCUCGAUGGUAUUUUACAUUCAACGGUAACGAGUGCAGUGGACCUAUGACUAUUGAGGGAGUUGUGUAUGGUCAACCAGCUAAUGAUAAUCCUCACCGUCACAGACAGAUUGAGGGAUACUGUGAGAACAUUCCAGCAGGUCAAGUCACAAUUGGAUUCAACUUUGGAAACUGUAGAUAUACAUCAACAAUGUAUGAUGGCUAUACAGGAUGGAUAUCAGUAUCUCGCAUUAUGAUUGCAGAAGUUCCUCCAUCACAAAAGUGACUGAAUUAGAGAGAAAUUAGAACUUGUGUUCAGUAUAGUUUGCAGUACGUACAGUACGAGGUAGCUGAAGUAGGAGGCUGGAUGGUGCGCGUGCAUGUCUCUCUUUGCCAUAUGUGAGUGUAUGUAUGAUUAAUUCCAUGUGUAGCUGCAACUAACAAUCAAUAUCAUCAGUCAAAGUCACAGAACAAAGGACUGCCCAGAGACCAUCCCAGCAUACAUGAUCUGACAGCAAGCAUGUCAGUGGGCUGAAUAAUCGAUAUACAGACUGCAAACAAAUUUAAAUUUUCUAAAAUUUGAUAUUAGUAUUGUAUCCGGGAUAUUUAUCUAUUUAUCCCGGAUGCUUUUGAUUGAGUAAAAUUUCUGCGUAUUAUCUUUAAUUUUUAUCAUAUUCAGGUGU